CCUACAUUGAGUAAAUUCUAAGUUCGCCCAGCAUUGAGCAAUUUUGUUGCCAUGGGAAAUGCUAUAUUUUUGUAAAUGGCAGGAUCCCAAAGAUGUAAACAAACAGAUUUUUAAAAUGGCGAAAAGAUACGAGCAAAAAGGUUCCCUGUCACUGCGAUCGGAUCAUAUGGAUUAUGGUCGGGCAACAUUAGUCUCGAACUGGCAUCAGGCCAGAGAAGCUGAACCAAAAGAUCAUGAUAUUCAUAAAAUUGGUCAAUAUGAUGCAAAGAAUCGAAAUUUACAUCAAUCAACUUAUAACAGAAUUUUAAACGUUACAGAUGGGGUAUAUAAUUAUAUUUACCAGGGAUUUGUUUUCUUUUGUAUGCAGCUAACCAUGUAUAUGUAUUUUUUCUUUCAACGAUGAUUGCAGCAGGAAGAUGUGCAUAUUUUACAUAGCUAGCCUCACAAAUAUCGAGGGAUGUUUCCUGUUUAUUAUUUCCAGGAGGGGCCAUGGCGUAGAUGGGGAGUCAUAGAGUAUUUAAUGCUCAUUUUGAGCUACGCAGACCCAAUACACCUUUACAAUAAUUCAAUUGUAGCUACAUGCGUUCCUGGCUCUCCAUCAUUUUACAAUAUCGGAAGAAAGGAGACAUUCCCUGUAUCUACAAGUCAUGAUCACAUGAACCAAAUAAAACUUAGAAAAGAUUUUGAAGAAAAGGUUUCAAGGCAUGCGAUGAUCGAUCAUUCUACAUUUCAUCACACCACGAAACACAGAAACACUGGCACACCCGAACGAGGAUUUGGAAGUAUAUUACCUAGACACCCGACCAAUCACAACACAAGGUAUUUAGACACCACCUACGAAGUCGAUUACAGAAAUACGUAUCCAUACGAGCCAUCGCCAGUCAUUGUUAAUGAUGACAAAGACGAGAGCGCUGCUUACCGGAAGUGUCAUUCCCAAUUUACUGAUGUUGCAGAUUACAGGCGCCAUGGUAGAAAUACAUGGCAUAACGAGUCGGGAACAUACGCCAACAGUGAAACCAAAAAAGAAGUUUUUAAAACCACUAAUCCUAUACCAGAAAGACUUCUAUAGCAUCAAACUUCUAAUUUUUCUGUAACUUUAUACGAUCCAUUGAAAAAAUAAUUGAACAAGUCCCUUGUAAUUCUUUUUUAUAUCUAUAUACUAACGUAACCACAUGUAAGGACUAACAAUAACCAUAAAAUACAAUGAUUUCAUAUAAA